GGUAGUCCUUGGUCAUGGGCCCUCUCCCGCGGCAGAAAUUAAAUCAAUUAAAUACCAAUCAGCUGGUUUUUGGCAAAUGGGAAAGCUCAGCCUGAUCCAGAGAGGGAGCCCUGGGCAGAGCAGUGUUCAGCCCUCCAUGAGGAUGGGCCUGUCCUGGCUUCCAGCUGGGCUUUGGGAAAGGAGCCAGGCAGUGCUGGGACAGGGGAUGGGGUGCCAGGGGCCCUGACAGACCCCAGGGCAGCAGAGGGCACCAGGGCCAAAUCUGGGCAGAGGAAGAAGCAGAGAAGGUGAAUGAAAAAGAGAAGGGAGUGAAAAAGUCCAGGUCCUGGACACAGUGGUCAUUCCCCUGAUGCCAAGGGGUUCCCAGGAGUUGCCACAGUGCUUGGAGUAGCUGCAGGAGCUGUCACAAUGGUUGGAGCAGCCUCUGCAGUUGUCACAAUGGUUGGAGGAGCCGCUGGAGCUGUCAGAGUUCCUGGAGUAGCCACUGGAGUUCUUGCAAUGAUUGGAGGAGACAGUGCCUGUCUCUGGGAUUGAGAGGAGCCCCAGGGCCAGUCCUGGUGGACUGGAGUAGCCACAGGGCCCGUGCAGGUGUCUGCCCAGAGGCCGGGCAGGCCGGCAGCAGGACGGGCGGUGCCCGCAGCCAUGGCACAGGAGGAUGUGAGCUACUACCGGGGGCAGUACAAGGACAGGCUCCUGCCCCUGCUCAGGGAGCUCCGACCAACAGAGGAGGACUCCACAGACUCCUUUAUCUGCCUCCUGAAGAAGAUGAAAGAAAUGCGACUGAUGGAGAGGGUUCUGGAAGAGACAGAGGAGGCUUUCACAGAGAGGAUGGAGACCCUUGCUGAGCAGUGGAGGGACCUGCACGCCAGGAGGGCUGAGCUGAAAGCCCACGUGGUGACAUCUGGGACGACUGUAAAGGAGGGAGAAAGGCUGCAAACCCAAGCUCUGAAGAAAGCCAAAGAAGAGAAAGUGGAGAUUUCAAAAAAGGAGAGUGAGCUCUUAAGGGCUAGGAGGGAACUGGAAUCCCUCAGAAAACAGCACCAGGAACUCUCCAAGAAAUUGCUGAAGUACUCCCUGUUCAAGAGGUACCUGGAAGAAGUGGUGGAGAAUUCACAGUUCCGCGACAUCGAGGACAUCAUUAUCUACUGUAAAUCCCUGGUGAGGACACGCAAGGACCUGCUGCAGUCCCAGUGGUGGCCAUGGCAGCUGCUGGAGCAGGGCAAGGUCCUGCAGCAGCAGAUCAGGGCAGAGAAGGAAGCUGAGAUGCUUCAGUGCAAGAAUGACCUGGCGCAGCUCAAAGAAUCUCUUGACCAGGCUCAAAGGGACAUCCGCCAGUGGGAUGUGUCUCAUGUCCCCCAGGAGGAUUGCUGGGCUGAGCUCCAGGACAGGGCUGCCAGGAAGGCCAUGGAGCUGAAAUCCCUCAACAUGGCCAUCCACAGCCUGUUCCAUGCUGCCAGCGCAAGGCUCCAGCCAAAGGGCAGGGUGGCAGCUGGGGACAGCCACGGGCAGCUGGACAUGAUCUGGCAGUUCCUCCACGAAUUCCAGUACUUCAGAGAGGACGUGAAGGAGCGCAGCCGACCUCUGUGA